AUGAUAGCAUUGCACCUCCAGAACACAAGUCUACAGAGUUACCUCUACACCAUACUUUUCGGCGGGGACUGGUCUGAAACAUACUUGUGCAUUACUAGUAGCAGCGGUAGCGGAAGAGGCAGUAGUAAUAGCAGUAGCAGUAGUGGUGGUGGUGGUAGUAGCAGCGGUAGCGGAAGUGGCAGUAGUAAUGGUAGUAGCAGCGGUAGCGGAAGUGGCAGUAGUAAUGGUAGUAGCAGCGGUAGCGGAAGUGGCAGUAGUAAUGGUAGUAGCAGCGGUAGCGGAAGUGGCAGUAGUAAUGGUAGUAGCAGCGGUAGCGGAAGUGGCAGUAGUAAUGGUAGUAGCAGCGGUAGCGGAAGUGGCAGUAGUAAUGGUAGUAGCAGCGGUAGCGGAAGUGGCAGUAGUAAUGGUAGUAGCAGCGGUAGCGGAAGUGGCAGUAGUAAUGGUAGUAGCAGCGGUAGCGGAAGUGGCAGUAGUAAUGGUAGUAGCAGCGGUAGCGGAAGUGGCAGUAGUAAUGGUAGUAGCAGCGGUAGCGGAAGUGGCAGUAGUAAUGGUAGUAGCAGCGGUAGCGGAAGUGGCAGUAGUAAUGGUAGUAGCAGCGGUAGCGGAAGUGGCAGUAGUAAUGGUAGUAGCAGCGGUAGCGGAAGUGGCAGUAGUAAUGGUAGUAGCAGCGGUAGCGGAAGUGGCAGUAGUAAUGGUAGUAGCAGCGGUAGCGGAAGUGGCAGUAGUAAUGGUAGUAGCAGCGGUAGCGGAAGUGGCAGUAGUAAUGGUAGUAGCAGCGGUAGCGGAAGUGGCAGUAGUAAUGGUAGUAGCAGCGGCAGUAGUAGCAGUAGAAGAAGGAAGGAAAUUGGAGUUUAA